AUGGGUCUGCAGGGUCCAGCAGUUCUGGUAUCUCAAUUUAUCUCUGAAGCACGUGUCGCAACUCCUUCGCGUUCACCAGCUAGGAUUGGGAACUGCUGUGCUCUAAGGUCGACCCUCUACAAAGAGGAUGUGUGCAUCGGUGAGCACACCACAGUUUGGGGUUCCUUCUACGACGCAGAGACCAAGCGGUGGGGCUACAAAUGCUGCAAGAUCAUGGAGAAGCAGGGCAAGUGCAUGGCGGAAAAGCCCCCAGAGCCUGAUCCCAAUUCUAGCGACUUGGACAACUCCCCGGACAGCGAGGACUUCGGGCACCUCGGCCAGGAGAUCAUUGACUGGGGGAAUCCACCGGCCGAGCUGCUUCCCCGAGACAAAUUCAAGGCAGCCACGGCCUGGGUAGAGCAUUACGUGCGCUUCUAUGUCGGGGAGUGGCAGCGCAAGGCCGCAGACGGAUAUGCUGGUUUCCCUGACCUGGCAGUAACCACGUUGAAACCCCUGCUGAAGCCUUCCAUGGAAGCUUUGGAGCUCCUGAUUCGCAGACUUCACAACCCAAGAGAGUUGGACCGGUCUGAAAAGACGGUGCGCCGCGGCCGCGAGACCCGCGCCGGCAUGGAAGGCAAGGUGCAACAGGAGACGCUCGUUUUAGCGCAGCUUGACGACAUCACGUCGAACUCUCAAAGUCUGGACUACUUGGCGGCACGCGCCGGCUACAUGAAGCUUACCUUAGGCAACAAGACGUGGAACAACACGUUCGUGGCACACGUUGCGGCGUGCACCAUGAAGGGUGCCAGAGAGUACCGACGAAACAGAGACAAUUUCAACACUUACGACAUGGAUCCGGACUCGCAGAAGUACAUGCACGCCUUGCUGAAACUGGUGCAGCUUGCACAGUGCCUGAAGCCGAAUCCGGACCAAUCCAAAAACUGCGUGUUCUGA